AUGGAAACCGAGGUCGAGAACGUCCGCGUGCUGGCGCGAGGCCGCCUGGAGGUCUUCCCGCGCAACGGCGCCAAGGACGUCCUCAUGCAGAACGGCCCACGCUGCCUCUGCCACUCGAGCCGCUACGGCCUCACCUUUCUCGCGACGCCCGCCGGGCUCGGGGUCACGGCCUUUCCGACGCUCGAACAGGCAACGCUGGCGAGCGUCGAGCGAGCCGAGAACAACGUGGACCCGCUCGUGCCGCUGCCAGUAACAAGCGACGCCCGUCUGGAGGAGGAAGUGCCGACGGAAGUCAUUGAUGUUAGCAGCAAAACGCAAGAUUCAUCUGAAAAGGCACCACUGUCGACAAGGCCGCGCAGCAACAGCACGAUGGACAAGGCGUCGUUCACGCCCGACAUUUCGCAGGCACUGGCCCGCAUGGCCACAGCACCCGGGUUUGGCUCGGCACGCAAGGCCCCGGUCAAAUCAGCGGAUCCGCCCAAGGAAGCCAAACAGAGCAGCAGCACGCACCCAUCGGCGCCACCGAGCGUCGCGCCACCAGCACCGUCCCAUGCGGCGGAAGAUGCACUCUGGAAGCUCAUCCGCGAGUUUGAUCGGACCUUGCAGCAGCUGCGCGCGACCCCGCGCUUGGACCUUGCUGCGCACGAGACGCUCUUUUGUGACGUGCGACGCAAGGGACGUGCAAUGUCCGACGGCGUUCAGGAGCUCGACGAAAGAUUUCAUGUGACUGAAGCCGAUGUCGCUCGUGUCGUCACGCAGAGCAAGACCGUGCGCGACGAGAUCGACGAAGCCAACCGGCUGCAAGUGUUCGCAGACCCGGCGACGGACCCCCUCGAUGCGCGGUCCUUGGCCACGUACGACGAGCUACAGCAAAAGUUUUGUGGCGUCAAUGAGACGUGCGUCAGUCUCUCGGCCCGCCUCGCACAUCUCGGCUCCAGUCGUCCGAGCGACGUGCUGCAUGCGCUCAAGCAAAGCUACGACCGCUCCAAGGAGCAGUACAACCAUGCGCUGGAUCUGGCUGGCCACAUGGACAAGCUCACGGCCGUCGCUUCACCGGCAGUAGCGCCCUCGAUGUUGCUUGCGCUGCGCCAGGAAGACGCGAGUGUCUCCGAUCUCGAUAAGGUCUUUGGCACCCUCCGUGUCUGUGCACCUCGGCUCGUUUCGACAUCGCUUUUGCCGCCAGCGUCGACCAAGCCGGCCGCCAAGCCCCUCCGCGUCCGUAGUUCGCUCCUUUCGACAGCUACACUGACGGUUCCCGCGCCACCAAAGACGCCACGAGGCCACCUCUCGUUCCAAGCACCGGCUCCAAUGCCGACGAUACAGACAAGAAGAGAAGAUCCGCUAAGUGAGACGUGUCCCGAUGACGCGUCCUCGCCACCCGGCGGCAACAGCCCCACCUCGUCGAUCCCAUCGACGCCGACAAGAAACAAGUCGUCCAAGCCAAUCAAGGUGGCGACGUUGCCGUUUUCGCUGUCGCCCAAGGCCAAGGCCCCGUCGCCGCUGCAGCGCCCCACGCCGAUUGCGAUCCCGCCCCGUGUCUCGGAGCCUGAGAGCGACGAGUCGCCCCGCGCGCGCAAGAUGUCGCUGGGCGCUCGCACGCCGCCGCCGUCGGUGCUCGGGCGACCACCGACACCCAAGCUGGCCGCGCGGAAGACGGCAUACGCCACGGACGUCAAGUCGCGACCGAUCAUGUCGCCGCUGUCGCUGGACCCGCCCAACUACCUCGGACGUCUCGAGAGUUUCUGCGCUAUGUACGCCCCGGGGCACGUGAUUGCACAGAGCGCGAUGGAGCGGCUCUUGCGCGACCACGCGGGGCGGGAGAACGAACUGUUUCUCCACCUUUUACGACAGUUUGUGCGCAGAGACGCGACCGAAAGCGACGGGCACGCGUACGUGACCCGGGGCGCGCUUCCGCCGCCUCCGACCGUCAACUACAAGGCGCUUCUGACCGCGUUUUACGCCAAGCACAACCCCGCCAAGCUCCCCGAAGUCGACGAACUCCUCGCCAAGUACCAAGGCAACGAAGCACGGCUCUUCAAGAGCCUCCAGCUCAAGUACAGUACGGCAAACGCUGCAUCGCGCCCGACGUACGUCCCAGCGUAG